GGUUUUUCUCAUGUAGUUGUGAAGGAACAUGCCUAAGAUCAUUUCAUGCAACUAAAGAGGCUGAAUCUGAUUGUGAAUCCCUUGGCUUUACCAAAGAGCAAGUUGAAGCAAUGCAGAUUUUUUUCUGUGAUAAUUGUAAACAUGAGCAGCAUCAGUGUUUUGCUUGUGGAGAACUAGGCUCCUCUAUUAAGUCUUCUGGUGCUGAGGUUUUUCGCUGUGCAAAUGCUACCUGUGGCCGUUUUUAUCAUCCGCCUUGUGUUGCUAAGUUACUCUAUCAUGGGGAUGAAGUUGCUGCAGAAGAGCAAGCUAAAAGGAUUGUUGCAGGGGAAGGCUUUUCAUGCCCUGUUCAUAAGUGCUGCGUUUGUGGUUUAGCAGAGAAAAAGAAGGAUACAGAGAUGCAAUUUGCAGUGUGUAGGCGUUGCCCUAGGUCAUACCAUAGAAAAUGCUUGCCAAGGGAGAUUGUUUUUGAAAAUGAUAUAAAGGAAGAUUUUGAAGAAGGAAUUACAACCAAGGUCAGGGCCUGGGAGGGUCUAUUACACCAUCAUAUACUAAUAUAUUGCUUAGACCAUGAGAUCAGUGAACUUGGGACUCCUGCAAGAGACCACAUAAAAUUCCCUGUCACUGAAGAGAGGAAGAUUUCUCUUGAAAAAAAGAAGAAAACUCAUGCAUCAGCUCUACCUGUGAGCAGUGAAAAAUUUAAGUUGAAGAAAAAUGGUAAAGGACUAGAGGAUUCUAUACGGGGAAAAAGUGCCAUGAAAGAAGCAAAGCGGUUUUCUUAUGCUGUUAAAGAGGGUCAGAAAACCAAAAACAUUGAAAAAUUUGUUUCUGGAUCGAAUUUCCUAAGAAAAGUGAAAGAAACUGGUGUAUCCAGAAAGUCUUUGAAGGAAAGCAUAAAGCCUGUCUCAAUGGAGGUGGAGUCCUCUGUGCCUGACAAAAGUAAGCCCUCCUUGGGAGACAGGUUGUUUGCUUACAUGAUUCAGAAUCCUGACCUGGUUCAGACUCAAAAACAAGAUAAAUCUAACACUGAUCUUAAUAAUGUUGCCGUGGUCAAGUCCACUACCGCAAAGAAGAUUAGCAAUGAGGUUCCUUCUUUAGAUGCAGACUCAGAGAGAAGAAUUAGGACUAUAAUGAAAGAGGUUGCAUCAUCAGUGACUCUGGAUGAGAUAAUAGAAAAGUUCAAAGGUCCAACCACACAUGCAUAUUCAUCAAAAAGUGCGGUGGAUAAAACAAUUACUGUUGGAAAGAUUGAGGGCUCAGUUGAGGCUGUUCGGACAGCUUUGCAGAAACUAGAGAAAGGGUGCAAGAUUGAUGAUGCUCUGGCUAUUUGUGAGCCAGAGAUUCUUCAACAGAUAUUUAAGUGGCAGAACAAGCUCAAGGUAUAUCUUGCUCCUUUUCUGCAUGGCAUGCGAUAUACCUCCUUCGGUCGCCAUUUUACGAAAGAGGAGAAACUUGAAGUGAUUGUUGAUAGACUCCAUUGGUAUGUACAAGAUGGUGAUAUGAUUGUUGACACUUCUUGUGGUUCAAACGACUUCAGUUGGCUAAUGAAAGCAAAGCUUGAAGAGACAGGGAAGAAGUGCUCUUACAGAAACUAUGAUAUUAUCCAACCAAAGAAUGAUUUCAAUUUUGAGCAAAGGGAUUGGUUGACAGUGCAAACAAAGGAGUUGCCAAAAGGAUCGCAAUUGAUUAUGGGGCUAAAUCCUCCUUUUGGAGUUAAAGGAGCGUUGGCAAACCAGUUUAUAGACAAGGUUCUUGAGUUUCGUCCAAAGCUAGUUAUUCUCAUUGUUCCUCAAGAAACCAAGAGGUUAGAUGAAAAGAAAUCUCCUUAUGAACUAAUCUGGGAAGAUAACGAGUUCUCAUCUGGAAAGGCAUUUUACUUGCCCGGCUCUGUUGAUGAGAAUGACAAGCAACUAGAACAGUGGAAUGUGACACCACCACCUCUCCGUCUUUGGAGUCAUAAAGACUGGGCAUCUAAGCACAGAGCCAUAGCUGAGAAGCAGGGUCAUGUAUACAAAAAAAAGGAAAGUAACAGAGGUAUGUCUGAUCAGCCAUUGGAUGGUCAUAGUUACCAUGAUGAUGGUGGUUGUGACUUGCAAAAGCUUGGGUCAGAGGAAUGCCAUGGCCUUUCAAAGGACCAAUUCACCGAGACAUCAAGGAAGAGAAGGCAUGAAGGGGGAAAAAACCAGGGGAGGGGAAUGGAUAGAAAAUCGCCUAUAAGUGAGAUGUAUAACGGGAAUCCUCACUGUUCCUCAUCUAAUUUGAUGGACGAUAGAUCCUCAAGGACCUCAAUAGACAGUGUCCCCUCCAGAUCUCUUGAAUCAGAGGAACGCCAUGGGCAUUCGAAGAACCAGUCCAGUGAGAGUUCAAGGAAGCGGAAGCAUGGUGAGAAAAACCAUGGAAGAGUAAUGGAUCAACAAUCACCUGUGGAUGGACACAGUGGUAGAAAGCCUUCUAGUGACCUGUACAAUGAUGUUCCUCAUCAUUCACCAUUGCCAGUUAAUGUAAUGGAUGGUAGAUCUUCAUUGGAAAGUCUACCCUCCAAAUCUGUUGGAACGACUUCGCAUACUGGGAUUGGUAAGCAUCAUUAUCGGCAUCUUGAACAAACCAUGCCAGUUUCACAUAUGCAGGCCAGAACAUUGUAUUCUGAGACUCAGGGCACUUUUAAGCCUGGUUCAGUUGGAACCCGGAGAAUGUCUGGAGAUAUGAACUAUGGCGAACAAUUUACCAGACACAUGAGAGGUGGUGCGGACAGGAUUGGCUACCCAUCAUAUACCAUUGAUCCUGAGAGCCAUAGGGAUUCUAACCUACAGUCACAGGCUCACCUAUAUGGGCAACACCCUGUUUCAUCUACUCAAGCAAAUUAUCAGGCUGGUUAUAAUCGUGGAUAUAGCCAGAUUGGGUCCCUGUCAGCUACUUAUGGGCACUUUGGUUCUUUAGCCAAUUCGUCUUACUUGACAACCACAUCAGCAAUGCAGCGAUAUGCACCUCGUCUGGACGAACUGAACCCAGCGAGGAUCGGUACGCUGCGGUCUGAACCUCCAAUGGUGAGUGGAAAUGGCUUCUACACUUUCAGACCACCCCAGCCUGGAUACAGAGGUAACUCAAUGGGCUAUCCUCCUGGUCCAUACCAAUCCUUUCCUCAUAACCAUUCUGCAGGUUGGCUCAAUGAAUAGCUAGUUGCUUUGUUUUCUGUAUUACUAAGAUUUUUAAAAAUGGUGAGCAAUUUUAUGGUUUUAAAGUAACGCUUUGGCUCCUUUUUCAUGUCUUAAGAACA